UGGAAACCAGUCACCCUGUCUGCGCUGGUCUGUCUGCGGACCUUCGGUUUUCUCCCAUUGCCUUAUGUGUCUAUCCAUUGCCAGCACCACACAGACUGGCGCCUGUGGCUGCAUCGUAAGAUUUGAAAUCAGUUGUAGGUCCUCCUGGCUGUGCUGUGUGUGCUGUGUGCUGCCCCAGCAUAGCCUGAUGAGCGGUGCCAUGUCUGCACCAAGGAUCCAAGCCGGCAAAACCCUGGGCUGCUGCUAUUCCUUUCUUUUGCCGUGUUGUACCAGCUAGGACCUCCUCGUACGAUGCUCACAAGGAAGAGUGAGACAGACGUCCUUCGUGGUCCUGGUCCGGCACCACAGCAUGGGAGGUCAGCUGUGGGGCUUCAUGGAUGCCCUUCUUCAGUGCGUUAAUAUGAUGAAUUAAAAACCAACCUUACAUCUCAGGAUAAACCUCACUUGGUCAUAUCUUUCUUGGCAGACCAAGUCCGCACAGAAAAUUGAAGACUUGAUGGAAUUGGUGAAGAAGUUGCAGAAAGUGGGAAGCCUAGAGCCCAGGGUGGAAGUCCUGAUUAACCGGAUUAACGAGGUUCAGCAAGCAAAAAAGAAAGCCAGUGAGGAGCUGGGAGAGGCCCGGACUGUCUGGGAGGCACUGCAGAAGGAACUGGACUCAUUGAGUGGAGAGAAAGUACGCAUGAAAGAGAUCUUGAGCAAGAAGCAAGAGACCCUGAGGAUCCUUCGGCUCCACUGCCAGGAGAAGGAAGGGGAGGCACAGAGGAAGCAAACCAUGCUGCAAGAGUGCAAGGAGCGAAUUUCUUCCCUGAACUCCCAGAUCGAGGAAGAGAAGAACAAACAGAGGCAGCUGAGGUUGAAUUUUGAGGAACAGCUAGAGGAUCUGAUGGGCCAGCACAAGGAUCUCUGGGAAUUCCACAGGCCAGAGCAUCUGGCCCGGGAGAUUGGCGCCCUGGACAGCAGCAAGGAGCAGUUGCUCAAAGAAGAGAAGCUGGUGGAGGCAAAGCUGGAGGAUGUGAAGCAUCGCCUGUGCUCCCAGUUUGGGGCCAGGGGCUGCUCAGCCAUCACUGAGGGGCUUUUCCUCCGCAGCCAGGAGGCAGCAGCUGCAGUACAUCUCUUUGAGGAGGAGAACAGGAAUGCCCAGCGGCUCCUGGAGGCUGCUGCCCAGCGCCACGAGCAGCUGCAGCAGAAGUGCCAGCAGCUGCAGCAGCAGAGGCAGAGGCUGAAGGAAGAGCUGGAAAAGCUUGGGGUGCAGGUUCCUGCUGGAGCCCAGAGCAAGCAAGAGGAAGCAGUUGGCCCUGGAGAAGCUGCCAAUCCCAAGCCCCUCGGAGUCAGUGAGGAGAACGACCCAGAGCUGCUCACCGAGCAGGGCCCGAUGCCUUCCUAGGCAAGGAGGACCCACUCUGCCCUGGAGCUUAUUCCAUGGACUUUGGCAAAUAAAGACUCUA